CUCUCCUGUGAGUGUCUUCACGGAGUAUCUCCAUCAUCAUACCGUCUUCGUGAAACUAGUAUUGUAGGCUGCGACAACUGAAGCUGGCCUGCCCGCCACAGUGCCGUCUUGACCAUCACCAGCAAUCAUGGUCAACUUCUACACUUCCAUUGAGCCCGACCUGGCCGAAUGGGCCAUGAAGCAACAAGUCUUCUUUGUCGCUUCAGCCCCCCUGCGAGGCAAACAUAUCAACCUCUCCCCCAAGGGCCUCCCAUCAUCUUCAUUUUGCAUUCUGACCCCCAAUCUGUGCGCCUACGUCGAUGCCACCGGUUCAGGCAUCGAAACCAUUUCCCAUAUCCAAGAAAAUGGCCGAUGCACCGUCAUGUUUUGCUCCUUCGAAGCCAGUCCGCGCAUCAUGCGCUUCUUCUGCACCGGAAGGGUGGUCGGCUGGGAUGAACCGGGCUUUGACGGCUGGCUUCAGCGGAUGGGCAAUAAGAACGUGACUGGCGCAAGGGCUGUUAUAAUCCUUGACGUUUUCAAGGCACAAACGUCCUGUGGCUAUGCCGUACCGUAUCUGGCCACCAGACCUGACCCGGUAGCUGCAGAGAAGCAUAUUGCAUGUCUCGAAGACCGCCACACGCUGGGCCACUGGGCAGGCAAGCGCAUUUCCGCCGGCGAGAUGGAUGACUACCGCGCGAAGAUGAACGUGCGGUCUUUGGACGGCCUGCCUGGUCUGAGGGUCGCCCGUCGGGACGCCGGUGAACGGCUUUGGUACGGCGAUAUCAGAGCCGGAGUUCAGAGAAGGAAUGCCAUUCAACUAAUUCUCGUGGCUGUCCUGUCUUCUAUUCUAACGGCCGUGAGCAUGUAUAUGUUAGGUCUUACCAAGGUGUCCAGUCCGCUACGUAUCUAA